CCGCCCAGACUGUGCUGUGAGAAGAGCAGGUUGGUAGAGAAGCGCACUCACUCAGUUAAUUAUCCGCGCGCUGUCCAGUGAAACAAUGUUGCGCGCGUGUCUGGCUCUGCUGCUUGCGCUCUCCUUACCUGGAUAUCUGGAUGCGCUUCACGGAUUAUACGCCUUCGAUCAGCCCGAGCUCUUUCAGAAAAAGAGCAACUGCAAACCCAUACCUGCAAACCUGCUCCUGUGCCAUGACAUCGAGUACACGGGCAUGCGUCUGCCCAACCUCCUCGGACACGAAACCAUGAACGAGGUUCUGCAGCAGGCAUCCUCCUGGACCCCUCUGGUGCAAAAACAGUGUCACCCGGACACCAAGAAGUUUCUGUGCUCUCUGUUUGCUCCGGUGUGUCUGGAUGAUCUGGACGAGCCGAUUCAGCCGUGCAGGUCGCUGUGUGAGAGCGUGAAGAGCGGCUGCGCUCCGGUGAUGGCCGCUUUCGGGUUCCCUUGGCCGGACAUGCUAGACUGCAAUCGCUUCCCUCUGGAUAAUGACCUGUGCAUACCACCUGCGGGCGCAGAUGCUUUAGUGCCAGUCACCAAGGAAGUUCCAAGGGUGUGUGAUGCCUGCAAAGAAAAGCCUGAGAAUGACAAUGAAAUUGUGGACAGCCUGUGCAAAAAUGACUUUGCUUUAAAGAUCAAAGUCAAGGAGAUCUCCUACAUGAAUGGCGACACCAAGAUCAUUCCAGAAACCAAGAGCAGAACUAUCUACAAGCUGAAUGGAGGCAUUACUGAGCGUGACCUCAAGAAGACGGUGCUCUGGCUGAAAGAUGGUCUUCAGUGCGUGUGUGAUGAAAUGAACGACAUCAAUGCUGCUUAUCUGGUGAUGGGCCAGAAGAUGGAUGGAGAUCUGGUCAUCAUGUCGCUGAAGCGCUGGCAGAAGGGUCAGCGGGAGUUCAAGAGAAUUUCUCGCAGUAUUCGCAAACUUCAGUGCUAGGAUUCUCCUCUAAUCAGAGCACUCAAAUGGUCUUGAAUAUGAAGACCUGUAACAGUCACACCGUAGAUAAAUGCAUUCAAAACCCUAAUGUCUGCUUUCCCUGGCCAGUCAGAGUUCAGGAUCGAGGGUGAUGGAGAUGAUAUGCACCUAGCAUAGAUUCACCUUUUCGUUUUCCCUUAUACGUUCUGUCAGUUUGCUUCAUCUGUCGUAUUAACUAUUCACAAAGCUCAUUCGCUUAUUCCUCUCUUCAAACAUUUGUAACUAUAGAGCCCCAAAACUGUCCUGACAUAUAUAUCUUCUAGCAUAAAGUCAAUUUUCACUGUUAUUUUUUUUAUUGUAAUUGGAUUAAAUGAAUGAGAUGAUACAUUAUAUGGCCAGAAGUAUGUUCUAAUUAAUGAGUUCUGCUAUUCCA